GCCUUUUCUUGUCAUCAUUAGCCUCAUCCUACUACUGUUCAAUCGUAGCCCCUUCUUUUUUACUCCCCCCCAUCCAGCGAUCACGUCUAGUAAAGAUUCCUACUUGACAUAUUUAUUAAUACCUCUCCUUCCAAUAGAAUCCUAUUUGACCAUUUACUUCCUUACUACAUCGGCUGCGAAGCGACUUGCAGCCAUCGUGACACAUUUCCUUUCUAAGAGAUACCCUCACUAGAACAUAUCCGAUCGCAUCAUGGCCAGCAAGCAAGCGAGCAAACGUUUGACCCGUGAAUAUAAAAGCAUAUCAGAGAACCCUCCUCCGUAUAUUAGCGCUCAUCCGUCAGAAUCUAAUAUCCUCGAAUGGCACUAUAUCAUAACCGGCCCCGAGGAUACCCCAUAUCAUAACGGCCAGUAUUGGGGAACCUUAAUCUUCCCGCCUAACUACCCUUUCGCUCCGCCGGCUAUUCGAAUGCACACGCCCUCCGGCCGCUUCCAACCAUCAACGCGGCUCUGCCUUUCCAUCUCCGAUUUUCACCCUCGAUCUUUCAAUCCAGCAUGGGAAGUUUCGACGAUCUUGAUCGGGCUGCUGUCCUUCAUGACAUCAGAAGAGAUGACAACGGGUUCCGUGUCGGCUACAUCACACGAGCGACGAAUAUUUGCGGCCAGGUCUAGAUGGUGGAACUCAACAGGAGGUGGCUCGCACGCCAAGAACCCGGCACAGAAAGGAAACGUGAAGGCUGGAGACGGCGGCGCAAAGUUUAGAGCAGAAUGGCCCGAGCUAGACAAGGAGAACUGGCGGUGGAUGACAGAGAACAACAUCGACGCAGCGACUGGAGCCAGGAAUGGCGGAGCGUCAUGUGGACCACAGCUAGGUAUCGCCGGCGGUAGUGGUGGGCAGACUCAAGCUGUCGUCGACGCCGUCGUACAACGGCGGGAUGCUGGCACCAGUUGGCUUGGACGCAACAAGUUACUAAUGUUUGGAGGCGUUAUAUUUGUUUACGUGUUAAUUGCCCGUCUGCUCGGAGAAGGGGAGGGCACGUCAUAAUCUAUGGCGGUGAACGAUACUUAACUUCCUUCAACGGCUUGUGUUACUAGCCGUCGCGCAGAGCUUUCUUAGGUGCUUUAUUAUUAAAGCGCACUAUUCGUGCCUACAGUCUUUUGGACUGGUAUGCAGGUUGAUUCUAGGGCGGCAUAGACUGAUUUCAGCAGAAGAGCACCGGCAGUACUUCAUCAGAGUUGAAUUGGGUGUAAAGACUUAUGGCGAGAGGGGAUCGAGCCUCGUAAUAAUGUCUCAUACGUCCUCAUGUAAUAGAUACUUAUCAGCGAUAUUAUUUCUAAUAUUUGCUGUGAAUCGAGGAAUAGAUCGGUUAAGAAUAUUGCUGGCUAUCCAGCCGAUACAACCA